AUGUUUGAUGUGCAGACAAAGAGAAUACUUGAGUACAAAAAAGGCAGCUGCUUAAUAUACUUGGCAUUAUCCAUCGAUAUGACUGUAUCGAGGUAUAGCCGAGCGGCUAUAAUCUUUAAAUAUAUUCCAAAAGCUUGCACUCGCAGAGGACGGAACUUGCACUCGCGGUCACUGCUUCGACCUCCGGGUUCGGCACCGGAAAAAGAGCCAACCCGCCUAGGCGCCCGCCCAGCCGCCUAG